GAUACGGAGCGCAUUUACACGGAAGUUACAACGGAAAUUCUUGCAAGAUACGGCAAAACUUAUGGAUGGGAACUCAAGUCGCGCUUAAUGGGAUGUCGAGAUCAUGAAGCUGCGGAAAUACUAAUUAGAGAAACAGGCAUAUCGAUGACUGCUGACGAAUACUUGAGCGAGAGAACUCUGAAGCAGGAAUCUCUGUUUGCUUACGCAAAACCACUACCCGGAGUUAUGCGUCUCAUUAAGCAUCUUAAGGAUAACAACGUUCCGAUAAUAGUCGCAACAAGUUCUCAUCAUACCAGCUUCCUUCUGAAAGCAAAAAACAACCAUGACCUUUUCUCGCUCUUCGGUAAUAAUAUAGUGUGCGGAGAUGAUCCCAACAUUACUCGUGGGAAACCUGCACCAGACAUUUUUAAUGUUGCACGUGAAAGACUAGGGUCUCCACCUGCUAAGAAUUGUUUGGUCUUUGAGGAUGCUAUCAACGGAGUAGAAGCAGCCAAAAACGCCGAGAUGAAUGUUAUCUGGGUUCCUCAUCCUGCGUUGGCGGCAAUACACAAAGAUUACUUUGGAGCGACUGAAACCUUAACAUCUUUGGAACAUUUCGUUCCGAACAAGUAUGGACUUCCGCCUUUUCCCGAUGAUGAAGACUAUAAAGAAUAA